UCCAACUUUGCACAAGAAUAUCAUAUUCGUACCAUAUCCUUUUUGCUCUUUUCCUGUAAAGUCACAGGGUUUUGUUUCUUUGAAAUGAUGGAAGGUGAUACAACUAUGGCGGCGAGGAUUGAUAGAAAAACGUCAAUAGAAUUUGAGCCAAGGACUCUAAGAAUGGAGCAAAUCCAAUUUGCCAGGGAAGCAGCUCUAUAUGUGUUGAAUACGAGCAGCAUAGAAGCUGCUUUGAGUAUAUUUACAGAGGGUGUGGAGCCGGUGGUGGGUGUGGCAAGACGAAAUGGAGACGCCAUUAAUGGGAUGGAAAUGAGUAAAGAAAAGCAGUAUUUGGAAGAUGAAGAUGAAGAUGAAGACCUGCAGCUGCCUGGGAUAAGAGAUAUAGCAUCUUCUCCUUUUUAACUGAUUUAUUUGUCAGCACAACUUUAUAUGUAAAUAAUACGAUUAGUUAAUUAGCUAUUGGCCUCUGGUGUACGUUGUACAGGAUCCAAAAUCUGCCUUUCCAAGUAUCGGCCUACCUAUCUACACAUAACUCAAUUC